AUGAAUAGUAACGUUAAUAGUAACGUCAACAUGUCCGGUAUGCAAAAUAUGGGUGGUCCAGUUGGGGGUGGUAUGCCUAUGAUGAAUAAUGGGGCAGCUGCUGGUGCUGCUCGACACUCUACGAGCAACGAUAACAAUCGAUCGCAACUUAAUACCUACAUUUACGAAUACUUCCUCAAGAGUGGCAUGUUCGAUUGCGCCAGAACUUUAUUGAAUCAAGAACAGAUUAAUGUCGUCAAGGAUAGCCCUGGUCGUGGCGACGCGGAAGAUGGAGAUGAUUCUAAAGAUGAUAUUGAUUCAAAGAGACCCAAUGAUCUUCCUCUGCCAAAUCUUCCCAAGGAAUGUCCGGAAAGCUGCUUUCUCUACGAAUGGUUUUGUCUUUUCUGGGACAUGUUCAAUGCUCAGCGAGGCAAAGGUGAUACUCGCAAUGUUCUUUCAUACGUCGCGCACACACAGUCGCGUCAGAAAGCAGAGCAACAUCAAGCACAGCUUCGUACCAUGAACCCGAUGCAUCCUGGGGUAGCAUAUGGUCGUAUGGGCCCGAAUGGUAUGAUGGGCCCAAAUGAUCUUGCGCGAAAGGCGAUGAUGCAAAAUGGUAGAGGUCCACCAAGCGCCCAGCAUUUGCAACAAAUGCAAAUGGCGCAAAUGCAUAAUAAGCAACAAGCUAUGCAAAGAGAACCUUCCGACGGUAACCAUGCACAACGGACUCAGUCUCCAGGAUCUGCCGAGAACGCUCCAUCUCCAUCCAAGCGACCUCGACUUGAUGGACCUGGACCUGCUUUCAAUCAACCAAUUGGAAUGGUACCUAAUGGAAGAGGACAAUCUACUGGAAUCCCAGCCCAACAGGUGGGAGAAACCGGCCCCAGCAAUACUGUUCAAGCGGCUCAUUUGCAACUUUCGAAUGGCAUCGAUUCAAAUCUGACAGUUCAGCAGUUCCCAGGGUUCCAAGGCGCAAAUCAGAAAAACCUUCAAGCAUACCAAGCCAAUUUGGCACAACAUCAACAGAAACAAAUGCCUGGUGCAGUCGCUGGAGGGCCUCCAAACCAAGGAUCACCUAUGAUGGCACAAGGUGCUGAUAGCAGUGCCAUGGCGGCAUAUGGUUAUGGCGCAGGUGAAAUGGGUCAGAACGGCGCAAGAGGCGCCCCAGGUGGCCAGCCAGGUGGCCAGCCAGGUAAUGGUAAUCACGCGUUGCAAGAUUAUCAAAUGCAAUUGAUGUUACUCGAACAGCAGAACAAGAAACGACUUAUGAUGGCACGCCAAGAACAGGAUGCCAUUCGUCCUGAAGGUCAGGGACCACCCGGCGGUCCUGGAAUGGGACCCAGUGGGCCAAAUGCACCAACUUAUCAACCAGGAACUUCACCACAAAGCGGCCCCAGAUCAAUCAACUCGCCAAACCCGAGUGAGCAAAUGAAACGAGGAGCUUCCCAUAUGAAUAACCAGGGCAUUUCAUCUCCUCUACCUGAAGGACAGAAUAGAGGAUCUCCAAGCACAAUGAACUUUAACAUGGGUCAAGGUGGACAAAUGGAUGCAGGAAUGAAUCCGCAGUUCUACAAGAUGAAUGGGAUGGAUGGCAACAUGAUGCCAAACGGCAUGCGCCCACCUAGCUCCCACCCCGGCGGAUUCACCUCCCAAGGGAUGUCACAACAACAAUUGAUGAUGGCACGACAACAAGCUGGCGGCUGGCAAAAUGCUCCAAAUGGCGGUGCUCCUAUGGUUGCCAAUCCUUCUCAAGGUCCUCCACAAGCUAUGGGCACCCCGCAGCAACGAAAUAUGCCACCACCCGCAGCUCCUGUCAAUGCGAACGCGAAUGGACGAACUCAACCAUCAUCCCCUCAAGGUAGCAUUGCUGCACCUCCCACACCCCAGCAAUCGAAUAAAGCAAAUCCCAAGAAGAAGAAUGAGACCAAGGAGACAAAAACAAAGCGGGCUACAAAGAAAGGAUCCGCCGCAAACCUCAACGCUGGUGCUACACCCUCCGCCGACCCAACCCAAGAAGCCGUGACCCCUACCACUGCAACAGCAAUUACCCCAGUACAAACGAAAGGUUUCAACAAUGGCUCGAAUCCCAAUGGUGCUGCACAGACCGUCAAUGGCCAAUCUAUGGCGACUGCCCCGAACAAUGGAGGUUCCUCAUCGCAACCUGAUCCUAUGAAUGCAUUUCCCAUGAAUGACCAACCUUUUGACAUGCUCGAAUUCCAGAAUCCCAUGGGCGGAAAUACGGAUGUUCUCACAGACUUCGACUUUGAUUCAUUCCUGAAUGAUUCCACUGGUGGUGCUGACGACAGCUAUAACUUUGACCCUACGGGCUUCUUGGGAGAUAAUGAAAUGUCCGAGACUGUCUGA